AGGGCGUGGCAGCUGUUUGACUGGGUGCGAGCGCUGCCGGAGGGCCACGCGCUGCGGCGGCUGUGCGACGCUGACACGUACACCACCAUGAUCACGCUCUGUGGCCCCUGGCAGCAGCUGCGCCGUGCACUCCAGCUCGUCGCUGAGAUGCGCGCGCGCUCCCUCGAAUGCGGUGCCCAGGCGUAUAGCGCGCUGCUGCAUGCGGCGGUGAAGUGCGGGGAGACAGAUCUGGCGGUGGACAUUUACGGACAGAUGGGGAGGGAGGGAAUGCCGCGCGACCGCUCCAUCUUCGUGGCGCUCAUCGAGAUGUUUGUCAAGCUCGGCCGCGUCCCAGACGCACUCUCAGCGCUGGCCGAUCUGCAUGCGCUGGGCGAGCCCCCCGACACCCACCUCUACAAUCUCGUCCUCGUCGCCGCCACCAAAAUGGGUCCCCCGCGCUUUGCGCUCACGGUAUACCACAGGAUGGUGACGGACGGCGCGCAGCCCAACACGAAGACGUUCACGGCGCUGAUCGGCUCCUUUGGGAAGCCCGGCAGCGUGGCAGCAGCGCUGGAGGUGAUUGAGCAGCUGCUCAGCCACGAGCCAGGCGGCGUGGGGUCGGCCGCCACCUACGCGGCGCUGAUGGCCGCCUGCGAGAAGGCCGGGCAGGGCGACCUUGCACUCGCUCUCUUCGAAAAGAUGGCCGCGCAGGCACGCCCCUACAUGCGUGCUUUUGGGCUUCAUGACCAGCCAGCCAAUGUGCGGGCGGAUGUGGGGAUCUUCAACAGCAUGAUUGCGGCGUGCGCGCAUGGGGGUGAGUACGCGAAGGCGCGCCACAUGUUUGCAAGCAUGGCCGAGGCCGGCUGCGAGCCGGACGCCGUCACCUACGCCAACCUCAUCCGCGCCUUCAAGAAGGGUGGCCAGUGGUGCGCGGCGGUGGACACUUUUGAGGCAAUGCUGCGGUCGGGUUCGCGGCCGCACGCUGCAGUCUACUCCUCCAUCAUCGACGUCCUGUGGCAGACCGGCAUCCCCUGGGCCCAGGCCAAGGCCCUGCACCUCUUCAACUCCGCCGUCCAGAACGGGUCGCUGCCGGCUGCGGCAGAGAGCUGCAAGAAGGGGACAUUGAAGCUGGACCUGCAGUCGCUGACGGUGGGCGUGGCAGUCGUGUCCAUGGGCGCCUGGCUGCUGUCCGCGCGCGCGGCGCUGCUGCAGGACACUCCCACCUCCCUCGACGCAGCGCGCAAGCUCGCCGUCGUCAACGGCCUCGGCGAGCACAGCCGCGCCCAGGGGCACAGCGCGGCGGUGAAGGAGGCGGUGAGUGCGAGCCUGCUGGGCUGCAAAGCGCCCUUCCGUCUGGUCCAGGACCAUUCGCGUUCGGGCCGCCUGGAGGCCUCCACGCUCGCCCUGCGCAAGUGGCUCUUCUCUGACCAGUUCGACCGCUACCUCUCCCUCGUCCAGGUCAUCCCCUCAUAA